AUGACCGAACCAAACAAAGCAUUAGGGAAGCCAAAAGGGUCUCUCAAUGCUCCUAUUGCAGCUUUCACUAUGGCUAUCCUCCUUUUGACAUACUGUAGUAGCUCUAUCCGCUCUGCACGGCGAGAUGCCCAAACCCAUGUUCCCGGUCCUCAUCAGCCACCUCCACGAAAAGACGAGUCCUGGGUUGAACAAGCACUUGAGGAGAGUCGAGCGCAGAAUGGUGGGAAGGGACGAUCCUGA